UUCCAAAUGUCAAUGUCAAUUAAUAUUAAAUUACUCAAUUUCUUUAUCUUUUACAUUUGCGAAAAUAUUUUGAUUGUGAAAUUGUGAAAUUAUUUCUCCCGUUUAAAAUGUUUUACCACACAUUAUUAUACCGUGAAACAAUGUUUCCAGCGUGAUUAUGGUUAUCAGGGACUUUAGUGAAGGUAAAUCGUGGAUACAACAUCUAGGCCACUGAAGAAAAGAUAUAUUAUACAUCCUACAAUCCAAGUUACGUGUUCAAGUUCAAACCAAUGGAUAAGAAAGAGGAUAAAUGGGAAGCUCUCGCUACCAUCAAGUCUUUUGAUUUAGGUAUAUCACGCAACAGCCACCAUGAAUCCAUCCUACACCACAGCACGCAACAACUCGAAAUCGUCCAGUCCGCUGCAACCACACCAAUCAGCCUCCUAGUCCAGUCACUGGUCAAACAACUAUGCGCACUACUAGAGAAAGACAACUCGCGAGCCAACCAGUUGUACAACACGAUCUGCGAGAAACUACACAGCAUGAACUUGAUAGACGAUUCUUACUCUAUGGGGGAAUUUGAGGUUAUGAGGAGUCAGUAUCAAAGAGCUUUGUAUCAGUUGGUCACUGUAGCAAGUGGUUCCGAAAUCCCGAUCUCCUUGCCAGUGACUUGGCCUAUAACUAGAUCUGGGUUAGAAUGGUCGCGAUACCACAAAGAAUUUGAGGAAUUGUACUUCAUAGCUGGAGGAGGUUUUGGCAGUGUUUUCAAAGCGCGCCACAGGUUGGAUGGAGUUGAGUAUGCCGUCAAAAAAGUUUACAUAAAAUCCUCGGACGUUAACUCGAUUAUGACGCAUUUAGCCGAAGUCAAAACUAUAGCGAGUUUGAAUCAUCCAAACAUAGUCAAUUACAAAGCCGCUUGGCUGGAACCAAUGAUAGAGUCGACGGUUAAAAAGAAGAAAAAAUUCAGAAUGGACACAGAUUACGAUGACUUUUCUCUAGCAUCCAACCAUGUGUCUUCAGUAUAUCCGAACAUGAUGAAUUCCUUCAAGACGUACAAUUCCAAAGAAUUAACGAAGAAUCACGAUUUGUCCGACUUUACGGUAUCGUUUAAAAACUCGGAUAGCUUCGAAAACACAGUCAGUUCUGAAGAACUGGACACAGAAAGUGACGAAGAUUCCGAUUUUGAGGAACAAAACGCUGUGUGCAAACUUUUAUCUGGGAAGGAAUACGAAAACUGUUCUCGGGUCAACCUCAAAUGGGCGACUCUGUACAUACAAAUGACAUUUUGCCAGCAGACAUUAAAGCAAUGGUUGGAUGACAGGAAUAACCACAUGACACUGAUGCGAAAGAAUUCUGACGACUUGACACUACACCACAUUGAUUCAAAUGACAGCAACGAUUCUCCUACUCUCGAAAACGCGUUUCCGAACUACCCAGUCGCUUGGACACAUAUAGAUGUUUUGGUGGACAUGUUCACUCAACUAGUAAGGGGGCUCCAUUAUAUUCACUCGCGGGGUAUAAUACACCACGACGUGAAGCCCAGUAAUGUGUUUGUAGAGCAGAGUGAGGGAGGAAUGCUGGUUCAGCUCGGAGACUUUGGUUUGGCGUGUCCCUUGCAGCAGUCCCACAGCGGGCUGGCGCUCGGCACACACUUGUAUGCGGCGCCUGAACAACUCGAUGGACAAUGCAAUCCCAAGAGUGACAUGUACUCCCUGGGCAUAAUCCUCCUCGAGAUGGUGGAACCGUUCAGCACGGACAUGGAGCGCGUGAAGACCAUCACAGACCUCCGCAAAGGUCAGAUCCCCGCCCACCUCACGGCCAACUAUCCCAAAAUAGCCCACAUCAUCGGCAAACUGGUGCAGAGGCGACCCAGCCGACGUCUUGACACUAACCAACUAUUAGAAGAACUCAAAACGCUUUCGGAAAAUAAAGAUGACACAAUAAAACACUUGAAGGAGGAACUGGCGGCGAAGGAUGAAGAAAUUGAGAAGUUGAAGAUGAUGCUCGCUCAAGUUAAUUAUCGUGCGACAGGCAGUUUGGUUUAAGGUCAAUGACACUGAUAAACAAUAAAUGAAUUUCAAAAAAUCUCAUCAAUGUUUUGUACUCUGAUGAAUUUUAUAGACUUAUCAAUGUUGCUUUUUUCAAUAUUUAUAUCAAAAUAAAUGGAACGUUGAACGAAAAGGUCACGCAGUCGCAAAAUUUGGGACAAAUUAGCUUUCGUCAGCAUCAAACUCUGCUGUAUGCUGUAAGCGGAUUCGAUUUCUUAUUAACUUAUUAGACGAAAGGAGAUGGUCCAUUUCAGGUCCACUCUUGUACCCUGUAUCAUUAAAAUUAAAAAAAUACAAAGAUUUUAUUAAAAUUUAUUAAAUUGAAUAAGCCUUACUAGAUAAAAAGAAAUAAAUAAAAUUAAAACCCAAGUUUUUGAGUUAUAUCAAGAUGGCGCCCAUAAAGAUGACAUGACAAUUGCAUUGAAAACGUCAUCUAUCCGCCAUUAUUACUCUUAUUAGUGUUGCAUUUCUCGGGAGAUAAUGAAUAUUAUUUCGAAAGAAUUAAAGUAAAUUCGUAGAUUUGUAUAAUCAAAAAUAGUAAAAAAAAUAUCUUCUUUUAUUUCCGCUAGGGUACAAUGACUGAUCCUGGGCUCCAUACAAUUUUGGACAAUCUCCUUUAGUUCUUAAAAGUUUAGCAGUCACCAUUGCAGUAAAGCCUCGACAAUAAACUGAAAGUAAACUUGAAAGUUCUUUAUUAAAAUCUGUUUAAUUGUUCUUUUGACCAAAUAUAUCUUUUUAUUUUUUUAAAAUGAGUUAAAAUAUGUGGCCUUUAAACAUUUUUGUGAUUGUUUCGUGGCCUUAUGAUGUUUCACUUUAUGGCUCUGUUUCCAAUUGUAAUGUUUCUUUUUACUGGAUUUUCUAGUUUUUUUUUUUUUUUUCUUAUAAUAUUUAUAAUAUAGAUAAGUAUUGAAGCGGUAGUUAUUUGAAGUUUGUACUAUAUUACAAUUAUUUUUGUGGUUGAAUGAAAGAACAAAUUAUCAAUAUAAUGUGCUUCGAUCUUUCUUGUCUUAAAGAUAUUUAUCAAAAUUUCGCUGAUUUUCGAGAUAUUUAGCAAAAUUUUUCUGCAUUAUUUUGCCAUCAAUACCACAUUCCAUCAUCCAUAUUGAAAUUUCAAGUAAUUAUCGCAAAUGUAUCAGUUUUGUUUCGACAUUUUUUUUUAAAGUUGAAAUAUUUUUGAUAUCUUUGUGUGAUGUUAUGAGAUUAAAAUAGUAGUGCAAAAUGAAAUUGUAUGCUUGUACUGGGAAUAAUUCAAUAUUUUUAUAUUUUUUCUCAUAAUUAUGGGAUUUGUUUGCAGGAGUGUUAUUUAAUAUUACUUUAUUUAUUAUUGAAGUCAUGUUGCAUCAGCUUUAGUUGAUAUUAAAGAAAAAUGCCAACUUCAUAAUUUUCGAACUUAACUAUUUCCUUUAUUUUUGAUGAGAUAAAACUGAUGUUUAUUUUAAUGGACAUUGUAUGUGUAUACCAGCGGCGAAGAGUUCAUGCAAGCCGAUUCCCGCCUGGUGACCACUUGCUGCACUGGUGAUCAUUGUUUGUAUCGCGCUGUAUGAAUUUCCUUUUCUUUGGGACGGUUUACCUUUAUCUAAAUUCCAUCCUUCGCCACUGGUGUAUACCUACCAAAUAUGAAUGGUAGAGAUAAUAGAAACUUUGUAAAUGAGGGAAUGGUCAUCGGCUGUAAGCUGCAAGUAAUUGAUCAAAAACCCGCCAGAACUUACUGUAUGGUUUCUUUAAAUCUUAUUGCUAUUGUGAUGAGAUCCUAAUUUAACGAAUUUUUCUUACACAAAGAUUUCCUUGCCUCUAUUCUUCAUUCUAUGAGGCCCAUUUCCAUUUAAGGGUUAACUUGUCAUCUAAUACGAAAUAAAAUAUAUGCCUUUCAACUUCGUGCUAAAAAUGUGUUUAUGACUGUACUUUUAUUGUGCUCGUACAGUUCGUGCUCUGUAGCAUGGUGCGGGUGACAGUUCGUUGCACUCUUGUAAAUUGCCACGAUUCACGAUAAUAGUGCGUAUUAUGAACAUCAUACAGGCUACUGUCACCCGCACCAUGCUACAGCGGACUAACUGUAGAGUAUUUUUGGAAGAUGUGCGUUAGUUAUGCUGAGUAAUAACUCAUGCGAAAAUUCUUUUCAAUAAAUGACAAUUUCCAAGUGUUGUGAUGAUAUGUUCAAAAGUACUUAAGUGCUUUGUAUGUGUGUGUGUGUAUUUCACAAUUUUAAUUUUAAUUUUUUUUUAAUAUAAGAUUUAAAUUAAUUAUUUG